CAUAUCUGAUUUCAAAUCCGAAAAAUAUCAAACAAAUUACGGACAGAAACGAAACUUAAACCAACUAACCAGAUCGGAACGACGAAGAACUUGAAUGAAAACAAAUCUGUCCGGAAGCGAUUAUCGCACCAAAAUCACUCGAAUCUGCCCGGAAACUUAAACAAUAGACGAAGCUCGAUGGAGGGGUGUUUGGCGACGACGAGAACUGAAGCAGUAGCAACAAAGUAGCCAUGGCCGCGCGAAGCUGGAGAAGAAGAAGCAAGCAGCAACAACAAAGCAGCCAUGGCUGUGCGAAGCUGGAGAAGAAGAAGCAUCGAGCAGCAGCCAUGGUGCGACGAGAUGGAGCUGGGUUUCGACGAAGAAGAAGCAGCAGCUACCAUGGCGACGUGAAGCUGGCAGUAGCAACACGAUGGAGCAGAAGCGACGCAGCAGUGAAGGAUGAAGAACGCAGCAGCAGCACAUCCG